AUGCCCAAAAAAUUUAAAGGAACCAACACCAAAGCGGAAACUGCCCGGUCGAGGAAAGCUGCUGCCAGAGAAGCAUCAGAAGUGAAGAGAAGAGAAGAAGCAGAAGAUGCUCUAUGGCAAGAAGAUGAUAAAUUGGUAUUGAGAAAGCUUUCACGUAAGGCUGAUAAAGAAAGGAAGCAACGUGAAGUGAAAGAAAGGAAAUUAGCCAAUAAAACUGCUCUGGAUGAGGAAGAAAAGAAUUUUUCUCCUAGUGGAAAAAAUCCCAGCCCUAAAAUGACAAGGGCGAAAAUUCAAGAAAUUCAGGAUAAAGAAAUCAGGGAUAGGAAUAAGGCCCAAGAACGAGCCAAGGAAGUAUCGAAUGAAUUAGAAGAAAAUAUCAAUCAUGUCAUUGCAAAGGAAGUAGCUGAAGGCAAUAUUGUAGAGGCACGAUCUGUAGAAGAUGCCAUUACUGCUUUAAGUAUAUCAGAAGGUAAAAUCGAUCGCCAUCCAGAAAGAAGAUUAAAAGCAGCCUAUACUGCUUAUGAAGAACAAGAAUUACCGAGACUUCGAGAAGAGCAUUCGAAUUUGCGGUUAUCGCAAGUCAAACAGUUAGUUAAGAAAAAUUGGCAAAAAUCUCCUGAUAACCCAAUGAAUCAAAUUCAUACGGCUCUCAACAAUAAAUCAUAA